AUGGACCCACAAAUGACGUGGAAGUGUGGCACUAUUAAUGCCAUUGUCUCCCCCAUUACCUUCGAAAACAGCCGUUGCAAAACCAACAUCCCCACUGGUGUGGAUUUUGAAGCAGCGGUUGUGAGGUCAUCUAAGCUGGUACAAGGUGAUUGGUGG